AUGGAAGUCUCCAGAGGGAAGGAAAGCACCAAGAAUCCUUUAAAUCUUACAAAGGCAGAUAUUGAUGAGGAUCAAGCAAGACCAAGGAUGCCAUCCAUUCUGGAGAAGGGCACAUCAUCUUCCAUAGAUGAUGAGGAUGAAGGCAAAAGCACCCAAAUGAAAGACGUUGCUUCUGGACAUCCCAAUUCCAAAACAGGAUUAUUUGAGGCCUCUAUGAAUUGCGAGGUGAACAAAGAGGACUUGUCAUCAAGUGACUUUGAGAGCGGCGAGUCCGAUGAGCGCUCAGGACUUUUAAGCGUAUACCGGGUCAGAGAGGCUGAAGGGUCACGCAAAAAUCUUAAGGUUUUGAGGGUUUCAGACCUGGCCUUCGAGAAGAAUAGAAGAAACCAUCCAAACCCAAAUUUCCUGUGUAACGCUGAGGGGAGAAGCGACUACACUGUGGCUUUGGAGGAUCUUUACUUUAAGGAGAAGACUAAAAACUUGAGGGAGGAAAUCAAGUUAAAGCAUCUGAUUGAAGAGUUCUUUACGGCGCUAGACAAGUUUGUUCUUAUUGCAAACUACUGUCUCAAAAACACCGAGAUAGAGGAUGGAGACGAAGACUUCAAUUUUGCUCUGGAGUGGGUAAGGGAUGCAUUUCACUGGCUAGGGAUUGAGGGGGCCAAGUACUAUGCUCGGAAGUCUCCAGGACCGUACAUUGGAUGGGUUUCUGAUGUGGAGUUCUUGAUGAACAGGUAUUUCUUUAGUCCUGAGUUCAAUCACGUGAAUGGAUUUGACAUUGAACAGUCUAUACAUGAAGGACACAGAUUUGUGGAGAGCAGCGAUGGCAAAUAUUAUCUUUCAUAUCAGCCAUAUCCUGGAUAUUAUGAUGUGAGCGAAGAGGACAAGCAAUUCUGCACCGGCUGUGGUCUUAUACUUCCUCGCAAUCUGAGUCUAUCUGAUGAAGAUUAUUUAAAUGGAUAG